AUGAGUUUUGAGGAGCAAGAAGAAGAAAUGGAGAUGUCAGGUGUUAACCCACCCGGCGGUUACGAGUCUCUGAGCGGGGAGGGAGCCACAUCUAGCGGUGGCGGCGGAGGAGGAAGGAGAAAAGGCGUUGGAGGGAAGAUUAGGUAUAGAGAGUGCUUAAAGAACCAUGCCGUUAACAUCGGUGGCCACGCCGUGGACGGCUGCUGCGAGUUCAUGCCUUCCGGUGAAGAUGGUUCGCUUGACGCUCUCAAGUGUGCCGCUUGUGGCUGCCACCGCAACACUGUGAAAAAAGUGUAA